AUGAAAGUGAGGGCUAGAGGCAGAGAUGGUACUGUUGCGGGACGGACAAUUGAUAGAGCGGAUGCUCUUGCUCAGGCGGCUGCUGAUGAGGCUGGUACCUCAGUGUUACGUGCUGGACGCGUUCCUCUGACCGAUUCUAACCGAAAACGGAGGGUUGAGCAGGAGGAGAGGGGGUUACGCGCACCUUGCCACCGGGGGGUUGCUGUUGCUGUUGCUGAGGAGCAGGUGCAUGGAGUUGAGGAGCAGGUGUGUGUGGUUGAGGAGGGGAUUACUGAGGAGCGGGUGGUGCAUGAUACGGACACCACCAUCGGUGUAUCUACGGAGCUAUCAAUACACACUGAUGGAGCUUUUCCAGGAGGACCUUCUGACAAGUCCGUUUUGACAGAGCAUCCAGUGCUGAAGCUCGCUUCUCACGGGUCGAAUUUGAAGAACUUCCCCGAGAGACUGAUGCCUGAGCAGGUAGUGAGGAUAGUUGGGGACUUUCAUUUAAUGGACUUUGCUGGAUGCUCCCUAACGAUGCUGGACGCCCCUCUAUUAUUAGCUUUUAUUGAGAGGUGGAACCCGGAGACAUCAUCCUUCCAUCUUCCAUUCGGGGAGAUGACGGAGACUUUGGAUGAUGUGCAUUCCCUAUUUCACCUUCCGAUUGCUGAGACAAUUUUACAACAGUUCAUAGCGACCCAGGCGACGGCGGUGCGCAUGGUGAUGAAUGCUUUGGAGAUUGAUGAGGUGGUUGUGCUUAAGGAGUUUGGUGACGCUCGGGGCUUUCACAUCAGGAUGUCUUGGUUGAGGAAGGCUUGGGGAGCAGCAGCAGUGACGAUGCUGUACACGGCGCUUGAUGUUGCAUCUCGUCCUGACACCAUACAACUUGCUGGUUAUAUGAGCUUGUUAUAUUGUUGGAUCUACGAGCACUUCCCUCAAAUUUGUGAGCGGAAGAUUCAGCAUUGUGCAGAUGCAUGCAGACCCAUGUGCAAGGAGGUGGAAGGCCAAACAGGCCCUUCCAAGAAGGGUGAUUGA